GGCACGCCUACCUACUGCUCGUGCAGCCAUUUUGGCCCAGGCCGGUCUGGCCUGCUUUCUGCUUGUCUCCCGUGCGCGGCGCCGUUCCAGGUCGAGGCACAGGCAGAAUGGGUGGAAGCCGUAGCAGGAGCCGCGACAGGAGCAAGAGCCGCCGCAAGGACAGCCGCAGCCCGAGCCGCAGCCGCAGCGGCGGCCGCGACGAGAGGCCCAAGAAGCCCGACGACUACGGCGUGGACAGCAUCAAGAUCACGGACGACGACGCGGCGUUCAUCCUGGGCAAGGGCGGCAAGACGAAGGAAAAGAUCGCGCGCGUGUCCGAGUGCGAGAUCGAACUGUUCGAGAGGGACCUCAUCCUCGAGUUCCGCGGUUCGAAGCUCGAGAGGCGCCGUGCCAAGAAGUACGCGGAAGGGGUCAUGGCCCAGCGCACCGGGCCCGUCCAGAUCACGGAGGACUACGACGACGGCGACCUCACCAUGCUGAUGGUGCCGCAGGAGGCCGUUGGUUUCGUCACGGGUCGCGCCGGGAACUUCCUGCGUUCCAUCGAGGAGGAAUGGUGCACGCUGAUGUUUUUCUGCGAGGUCGGCGGCAAGGGCGGCGGCCGCAGCAAGGAGUACGAGAAGCUCGCCAUCUUCGGGGGCGUCCGCGCCAGGCGCGGGGCGGAGCUGAAGGUCCUCAGCGCAGUGGAGACGAAGGUGCCAGGCUACUUCGCGAAGAUCAGGGACGAGGUAAUCGACCGCGACAGGAACAAGGACAAGUCCGGCACCUGGGGCACCGACACGAUGACCUUCCAGGACGACGAGCUGUCAUACGCCCUCGGCAAGCAAGGCGGCACGCGCAAGAAGCUUGAGCGCUCCUCCGGCGCCAUCGUGCAGUACGUCGGGCAUACGGCGCUCUUCUCGGGCACAAAGCCCGAGCGCCGGCGCGCCAAGGAGUACAUGAAGUGGCUGUUCGAGCAGCUCGAGGGGCCGGUUUACGUGGAGGGCUGGGAGAAGCGUGACGACGUCACCGUGGUGGACGUUCCUUCGGACUGCAUCGGCUACAUCACGGGCAAUCGCCGCGCGGCCAUGGGGGCCAUGGAGGAGGAGUGGGGCGUCCUGAUGUUCUUCAUGAACAAGCCUGGGGAGGGCAAGGGCAAGAGCAGGGGCGGCAGCGAGAUGCUCAUCAUCUGCGGGGCCGAGCGCCCCCGCCGUGGCGCCGAGCUCAAGGUGAUGAGCAGCGUCGAGACGAAGAACCCCGGCACCUUCACGAAGGGGAUCCGCGAGAAGAAGUCGAACGAGAAGGGCUUCGACACCGACCGCAUGAUCUUCCGCGACGACGAGCUCAGCUACGCGCUUGGCAAGGAGGGCGCCACCCGCAAGAAGCUCGGGGGCUCCUCUGGGGCCGUGCUGCAGUACGUGGGCCACGUCGCCUUUAUCGCCGGCGACCUGAAGACGCGGCGGCGCUGCCGGGAGUUCAUCGACUGGCUGCUGCAGCAGCGGAAGGGCUCCGUCACCAUCGCCGACGUUUCGCAGCGGGAGGACACCACCGAGGUGCAUGUCCCCGAGAAUUGCAAGGGCUGGGUGACCGGCAAUCGCGGCUCGGAGCUUCGUCGCAUGGAGCAGGAGACGGGCACCUUCAUGUUCAUGGCGCUGGACGGGAGGGGCAUGGAGCGGCUUCUCAUCUUCUGCCACGACCUGGCCAAGACGAGCCCGCAUGGCCGCAUGGCCGGCCGAGCGCGCCUCGUCAACGAGCUGAUCCAGGAGACUAUAAGCUGCGCGACGAUGGCGACGGCGGCCGCGGCCGCUCGGACAGCCGCCGGCGCUCCCCCUCGCGCCGCCGCUCCUCGUCGCGCAGGCGCUCGCCCUCGCGCCGCGGGCGCGGGCGCUCCGACUCGCGCUCGCGCUCGCGCGGGCGCCGCUGAGCGGGGGCGAUGA